AUGCUGAAGACAGCGUUACAGCAGGAGGAAAAUCGUUACUCCAGUUUAGAAAACGAUGAUUCAAAUGAUGACGAAGAGGAUUAUCAACCUCUGCUAACAACCGGAGCUGUACGAAAACGGCCAAGUGCUUCUUCUCCUAAACUCCCUACAAAGAAGCAGAAGAAGGUGCUUAAUGAUACCCCUCGUGGUUCCACUUCCAUACAAAUUGCUAAAGCGUCACCACCAGGUUUCAAAGUUGAUUGCGAUAAAGAGUUCCCUAAGCUCCCAGGGAAACGAGCUGUUCCCACAGCUAAAUUGUCAUCGGAAUCUGAAAAACCGUCCUCUGAUGUUUCAUUAAAUGGAUGCACCCAAAAUGGCCGUGUAUUCGUGUCGGGAAAUUCACUUAAUCUUCUGGGUAUCGAUUUAAUCGAUAAAUUCAAUCUGUGGUCACUGCCUAUGGACAAAUUUGGUAAUAAAAUAGAAAGUGCUGCUCAGGAUAUAAGUGCUUUGAAACGGGUGUACCCUGAGCUUUUCAGCAAUAAGCUCGGGCUUUGCACAAAAAGAAAAAUUGUGCUGUCUUUGAAGGAUGCAAGCAAACCUGUUUUUCGACCCAGGAGACCUGUAGCAUACGCAAUGCAAGCUAUAGUUGACGAAGAGCUUGACCGUUUGGAACGGUUGAAUAUUAUUUCACCUGUGCAGUACUCAGAGUGGGCUGCACCGAUAGUUGUUGUACGUAAGGCAAACGGCACUAUCCGUAUAUGCGGUGAUUACUCAACUGGGCUCAAUGAUGAGCUUCAGUCACAUCAGUACCCGCUACCGUUGCCGCAGAACAAUUUCUCAAAAUUAGCAGGUUGUCCUGUCUUCAGCCAAAUUGAUUUAUCCGAUGCAUUCUUGCAGAUGGAGGUAGAUGAGGAAUGUCGGAAGUUGUUAACCAUCAACACGCACCGGGGACUGUAUCAAUACAAUAGGCUCCCUCCUGGCGUGAAGGCGGCUCCAGGCGCGUUCCAGCAGAUGAUCGACACUAUGCUGGCCGGUCUAUCGAAUACGUCGGGAUAUUUAGAUGACGUGAUUGUUGGUGGUAGAGAUGAAAACGAACAUUCACGUAACUUGCACGCAGUACUGCACCGAAUUCAAGAGUACGGAUUAACUAUUCGCCUAGAAAAGUGUGCAUUCGGACAGCAUAAAAUCCGAUACCUAGGGCAUAUGCUAGAUCGCCAAGGCCUUCGGCCAGAUCUAGAUAAGAUCCAAGCUAUUAAAGAUAUGCCUGCUCCCAAGGACCUCACAGGUGUUCGCUCUUUCCUCGGAGCAUUGAACUAUUACGGUAAGUUCGUGCCGAAUAUUAGAACACUGCGCUACCCUUUGGAUGAACUUUUAAAAUCCAGCACAUCUACAUUCAAGUGGACACCAGCAUGCCAGAGUGCAUUUGAAAAAUUUAAAGCAAUUUUGUCGUCAGAGCUCUUACUGACACACUACGAUCCGAUGCAGGAGAUAGUUGUUUCGGCUGAUGCUUCGUCGAUCGGUGUUGGAGCAACAAUUAGCCAUGAGCUUAUCAACCAGCAUAUUAAGCCAGACGAAGAUUUCGUUGUUGCAUGUACCUCGUUGGAAGAAGAUUUAAGGUCAGUAAUAGUCAGUAGCACUAAAAACUUACCUUUCAGUUUUAGCAUGGUAGAAGAAGCCACGAAAUACGAUUCGACUCUUAGCAAACUAUAUCGAUUCGUGAGCGAUGGUUGGCCUAAGAAACGAACGGAUGUCAACGAUUGGGAGAUGCAACGCUAUUUUGACCGCCAAGAAGCUCUCUCAAUUGUGCAAGGCUGUGUUAUGUUUGGAGACCGUUUAAUUAUCUCAGCACAGUAUAGAAAGCGAUGCAUUAUCCAAUUGCAUAAAGGUCAUCCAGGUGCACAACGGAUGAAAGCCAUUGCACGCAGCUUCGUCUUUUGGCCAGGCUUAGUCGAACAAAUAGUCGACGUUGUAAAGGCUUGUCACCAAUGUGCAUUAGCAGCGCGUUCGCCACCAAAGGCAGAGCCACAAUCAUGGCCCAAAUCGACAGCUCCAUGGCAAAGGAUUCACAUCGACUAUGCCGGUCCUUUGGAAGGAGAAUACUACUUAAUCGUUGUUGAUUCAAACACUAAACGGCCGGAAAUUUUCCCAACGAAACUGAUAACAACGAAGGUAACACUCAGCUUGCUUCAAGAUUUUUUCGCCAACAAAGGAAUACCAGAGAUUCUUGUGUCGGACAACGGCACGCAGUUCAAAAGUUGGGAAUUUGAGGAAUUUUGUUGCCAGAACAGCAUCAGGCACAUAACGACAGCACCUUUCCACCCACAAUCGAAUGGCCAGGCCGAACGGUUCGUGGAUACAUUCAAACGAGCCAUCCGAAAAAUCCAGGAAGGGAAAGGUACGAUCAAGCAGGCUUUAAAUACGUUUCUUCUCACUUACCGAACAACUCCGAAUCCAAAUGUGCCAGAUGGCAAGUCACCAGCAGAAGCUAUGUACGGCAGACCGAUAAGAACUUCACUCGAAUUGCUGCGACCGCCCCGUAGAUCAGUACCACAACCAGUGUCAGAAUCGCCUGCCUUGCGAACCUUUAAUAAGGAAGAUAAGGUUUUUGCUAAAGUGUAUGCGAGUAAUAAGUGGACUUGGGUGCCCGGAGUCAUAAUGGAAAAACUUAGCAGAGUAAUGUAUAACGUCUGGGUCAAUAUUAGUAAAAUGAUUCGCUCGCACAUUAAUCAGCUUAAAAAACCUGCCUCCUCUGCGCCGGUGAACGAUGAGCCAGUGCUCGUCCCAGAGCCAGCCGAUAAUGGUGCUUCACCCUCAUCAUCGUCCACAUCAUCGGAUUUCCAGUCAGCAGCUGAGACUUCACCUGUAGUUCCUCUUCCCAGGCGUUCUUCUCGACUUCGAAGACCGCCGCAGUGGUACCAGGGACACCACAGGUAUUAA